AUGACGGAAAUACUACACAACGCCCCCAUUGUCCUGGACAAUGGGUCGGGAACCAUUCGCGCAGGCUUCGCCGGUGAUGACUUGCCGAAAUGCUUCUUCCCGUCGUGGGUGGGCCGGCCAAAGCACCUCAGGGUCCUUGCCGGUGCCCUGGAAGGCGACGUGUUUAUCGGCCAAAAGGCCGCCAGUGAGCUGAGAGGGCUGCUCAAGAUUCGCUAUCCGCUGGAGCACGGCAUUGUCACAGACUGGGAUGACAUGGAGCGGAUAUGGGAGUACGUGUACGGCGAGGGGCUCAAGACGUUGAGCGAAGAGGAAAGCCGCCAGCAUCCUGUUUUGCUGACGGAGCCGCCUCUAAACCCCCGAAGCAACCGUGACACCGCUGCACAGAUUCUAUUCGAAACAUUCAAUGUGCCCGCCCUGCACACCUCGAUCCAGGCCGUCUUGUCGUUAUACGCCAGCGGCCGCACAACUGGUAUUGUGCUGGACUCCGGCGACGGCGUGUCGCACGCGGUGCCGGUAUAUGAGGGGUUCGCCAUGCCCAGCAGCAUCCGGCGAAUUGACGUGGCGGGACGCGACGUCACGGAGCACCUGCAAACGCUGCUGCGAAAGAGCGGCUACGUCUUCCACACGAGCGCGGAGAAAGAGGUCGUGAGACUGAUCAAGGAGAGCGUGUCAUAUGUGGCGCACGACCCGAGAAAAGAGGAGAGGGAUUGGAUUGGCGUGAAGCCCAACGAGAGCAAGUUUGCCGAAUAUGUCCUGCCCGACGGGCACAAGCUGAAGGUUGGCCAAGAACGAUUCAGAGCGCCAGAAAUCCUGUUCGACCCCGAACUCAUCGGGCUGGAAUACCCCGGCGUCCACCAGAUUGUAGUGGACGCCAUCAACAGGACAGACCUUGACCUGCGCAAGUCGCUGUACGGCAACAUUGUGCUGUCGGGCGGGAGCACGUUGACCAAGGGGUUCGGCGACCGGCUGUUGACGGAGCUCCAGAAGCUGGCGGUCAAGGACAUGAGGAUAAAGAUCUUCGCGCCGCCGGAGCGAAAAUACUCGACAUGGAUCGGAGGAAGUAUCCUCGCCGGACUGAGCACGUUCCGCAAGAUGUGGGUGAGCGUAGACGACUGGCACGAGAACCCCGAGAUUAUCCACACAAAGUUUACCUGA